UAAUCUGUGGAAUUUAAGACAACAAUUGCUAGAACGUUAAUUUGCUUUUUUGGAAAUAAGUGGCACAUUUCUGUUCAGAAAAAAAUACGCCUGUCUUAAGUGAUCUGUUAUGGAAUUAUAAAACACAAGUAACAACAAUCAUCAGCAUGGUUAUUUCACCACAAAGCCCCAUUGAUGACGCUCAAAGUGUGCAAACCAAAAGAACCAACAUGGCUACUAAACAAUCUUCGGUAGCCGAUACUAGAGCUGAACUAGCUGAAUUGGUCAAACGGAAAGCUGAAGUAGCUGAAACUUUAGCGAACUUGGAACGUCAGAUUUAUGCAUUUGAGGGAUCAUAUUUGGAAGAUACUCAAUUGUAUGGAAAUAUAAUUAGAGGAUGGGAUAGAUACCUCACAACAAACAAAAGCACUAAUUCCAAAGCUGACAAACGUAACAGAAAGUUCAAAGAAGCAGAAAGAUUGUUUUCUAAAUCUAGUAUUACGUCUAUGGCUGCUGUUAGUGGACUUGUAGAUGCUGCUGAAGCUAAAAAUGAAAGAAAUAGUGAAACUGAAUCGCAAACUAAUGAAGACUCUUCAGACACACAGAUUAGUUCAAAUCUCAAUCUUGGAGGUCUUAACCAUACGACAAUUCAUGGUUCCACUGAAAGCAUUGCUUCUAAGCCAUCUGGCAAACAAAAUACUAAUGGAACAUUAGAUAAAACAUUAACUAGUGCUCAAACAAAACAAACAGCUACACAAAAAAUAGCUACUGCAUCUGGCAUGCUUCAGAAGGCAUUUAGUAGUGAAAGUAAAAUAUUAUCAGGAAUGGGACUUGAUAGUCGCCCUGGCACACCAAAAGAAAAGGAAUCUAAUGUAAACAUAAUUAAUAAAGUUGAUUUAACACCAAACUCACUAAAACACAAAAUGUCUAGUAGCGGAAGCAGUAGUAGUGGCAGCAUCAAAAAGAACAACAAAAAAGCUAGACACAGGUGAACAUUAUGCACUCUAUCAUGUUAAUGGCAGAUUUUAGUAGGUGCUAGUCUGAAGAUUUAUGCUGGGUGUAAGGAAACCAUUCCCAUACUGAAAUAUUAAUAUGAUACAAAUACAGUACAUACAUAAACAUAGUGCAGAUAUUUAAACUUAAUGCAAACAGUAUAUCGAUGCUUGAAAGGCAAACGUGACU